CUGUUUAUCUUCCGGGCAAUCAGGGUGGAGGGCGUCGACUUCACUCAGUGCGCGACUCACGGCAGCUUCAGCCGCCGCUGGCAGGAAACCUCCUACAACAUGUUCCACUUCACCACACUUUACGUCGUCCCCCUGCUGGUGAUGAGCUGCUGCUACAGCCGCAUCCUGCUGCACAUCCACCUACAGCACCUGAGAAACAAAGCAGGUGAGUCGUACCUGCGUCGCAGUGGCACCGACAUUAUCCCGAAGGCUCGGAUGAAGACUCUGAAGAUGACAGUGGUCAUCGUGCUGUCCUUCGUGGUGUGCUGGACUCCGUACUACCUGCUAGGGAUCUGGUACUGGUUCCAGCCAGACAUGCUGCACGUCACACCUGAGUACGUCCAUCACGCCCUCUUCGUGUUCGGGAACCUGAACACCUGCUGCGACCCUGUCAUCUACGGCUUCUACACGCCGUCCUUCAGGGCCGACCUCGCCGCCUGCUGCCGCAGGACGAGGAGCAACGCCUCGCCGCGAUCGCUGGACCGCCUAUCUGCCAGAGAGGGUCCUCACAGCGGCGAGCACGAGUCGGACCCCGCCAACAACAAACAGGCUGCAGGAGACCAACACUGACCAAUCAGAGGACAGGAGUUUGAUGUUGUCACAUUCUGUACCUGUGAACGAGUGUGAAAACCUGAGCUGGACCGGCAGGUGGAUCAGGAUCACUUCCUGCAGCUCCAACAGGACAGAAAUAUCUGGUUCGUCUGUUCAGAGCAAAUGUUUUCAUGUUGAACCGAUUUAGUAAAAUUCUGUUUUAGAUGUGAAAAGUUUUCUGUUUCUUCACUGAAGAUGAGUCGAGUCUCGCAGGAAGAAAUCUGCAGAGCUUUUAUUGAUCCAAUGAUUCUGUUCUCUGGUUCUGUUCCCAGGUUUCCUUUGAGGUGAUGUUUUGGUUUGUUCUGAAGGUUCCCACAGAUUCAGAGAAGCUUUGAUGCCACGUUAAUAAUCACAGUUUAAUUUCAUCACAUUAUGAAUGUAUCCAGCACAAACAGGAAGUUCUUCAUGUCAGUUAUUGAUCCUUUAAUAAAAUCUGAGUCUGCUAAUGUUUCUGAUAA